AUGCUCGGUCUCUAUGGUGGAGGUGUUCCCUACGUACUUGAACGCACGGAAAUGGCUCCUUAUCGGGUCAUCGUUUGUCGCGACGGGUUUUGUGGUCAAUUGGAAAAUGGACUAUUUAGAGCAGCUUGUACCAUCUCGUUAAUAUGCGGGACGUUUAACAUUCUCUUCGACCCUGGUGGUCCCUGGGAUAGGGAUUUGGUUUUGUUUAUCCUCGCUAAAUAUGGCCUUAAAUCUGAAGACAUCGACUUUGCUAUUUGUUCCCAUGGCCACGUCGACCACAUUGGUAAUUUGAAUUAUUUCCCCAAUGCGACUAUCAUCAUCGGAACGGAAAUAAUGCGGCAUGGUGGCGUCGUGAAGCAUCAUUUCUCUGAAUCCAACCCCUUCGUUCGUGUAAUAUACACUCCCGGACACACAACCAACGAUGUCUCAUUAGUUGUGGAAGGAGUGCCUAGUUUGGGAACUGUUGUUGUGAGUGGUGACAUCUUUGAAAAUCAGUGCGAUCGGGAGAAUCCAAAUUUAUGGAGGGAUAACAGUCUGAACCCUGAAUUGCAGGAGCGUAGUCGACGUCUAAUUGCAUCUUUUGCUGACUACAUUAUUCCCGGUCAUGGAUCAAUGUUCAAGGUAUGA